AAAAUCUGGACGCUGUUCCUGUUACGCGUAUACAUACACUGUUACACCAAUACGGAUCUUGCGAUCUUGUCGCCCUGCCUUCACUAUUUGCACCUUUUCAGGGCAACGUUUAUGGCAAAUUUAAGGAUGAAUCUUGCGAUCUUGUAACUCGCUCCGGUUAUUGCACUUUUUAG